ACAGAUGGCGAUGAGAAGAUUUGUUCGAGCAAAUUUGUGUCGGUGUAAAAUCGUGAGCUAUUGAAAAAUUCAAGAUAUUUGAUAAAUAUCUAAAAUAGAGUGAAAUUAUCAACGCUUAUUCCUUAAGAAAAUUCUUUCUGUGAAAUAAAUGAGUGAAUAUAAUCAAUAUUCUAUAUAGAAUCACAUCCGAGAUGGAGCGAUGUCGCCAAGUGAAAAAUUAGUGGGCAAAUAAAAAUAUAUAGCAGAAAUAAAUCAAUACAAAUUAUAUAAAAUUUGAAAUUUUAUUGCAAAUAAAGUACAGAUGUGUUAAAAAAGGGAGGAGUUAAUUUUUUUACAUAAAACCGGUAAAAGUGAAUUCGUUGAGUUUUUCACUCGGUGAAAAAAAUAUUUGGCAGAAUUAACGAGCGCCGCCCUCAAGUAGUGUACCAAGUACCGGCCGCCUGAUAUUUGAAGCGAUUACUUUGGUUUUACACUUCGACUUUUUAGUGGAACAAUUGCUACAAAAAUAUACAUAAAUAAUUGGAAUAACGACAAUCAUUUUGGCAUAUCGGCAUGUUGCAGUAGCAUUAAAAGUUGGAACUGUGCGAAAUUGCUUUUCCAUAAAAUCUGAAAAUUGUCUCCGCAAUGAAUGAACUCAAUUGGCAACAUGUCAGACUUACCGAGGGCAGCAUUGAAAUUAUUUUCACUUACACUCAGGAGCUGAAUUGCCGCCGCUGUGAAUAGCAUCAGAACCUAGUGAGAACUUGAAAGACGUCGCCUCCUCCGCGCUUAGAGGAGCACUGGAAUGUUGGAAUAUCCCCAACGAUUUGCACGCAAUAUCCCCGAUUCCUCAACGGCGAGUAACGUUCCGAUAACACAACAACAACAUCAGCAUCAAUUACAUCAUCCUAAUCAUAAUCAUCAACAACCACAUCAACACUUACAGCAACAACAACAACCGCACAUACUGAUCGGUAAUAUUAGUGGUGGUGGCUUAGUUGGUGCCCACUACCACCAGCAGUAUCCGCCGCAGCCUUAUCCAGCAACACCAGGGUCACCGGCACAUCAGCAUCGGCACAUUCCACAUACAGCAGCCAUAGCCGUGGCAACCGCCUAUCAACAACGUUCGCAAUCCCAACAGCAGCAACAACACCAGCGCACCCUGUCGACCGCAUCUAGUUGUAGUGCACAGCACAAGAGCGUGACCUUCGGUCAAGUAACAGCAGCGUCCAAUAUCGCCGGGUACACAGGCGAUUGCAGCGGAGGCAGCAGCAGCGGUAAUUCUAGUUGCGGGCAACAAUCAAUGGCGGGCAACAUGAAACACGGCAAAUCACAAGAAGACGUUUGCUACGUUGUAGCCAAAUACGAUUAUGCGGCGCAAGGAGCGCAAGAAUUAGAUUUGCGAAAAAAUGAACGAUACUUACUGCUAGACGACUCAAAACAUUGGUGGCGUGUGCAAAAUAAUCGUAAUCAGUCAGGUUAUGUGCCUAGCAAUUAUGUGAAGAAGGAGAAACCGUCGUUAUUCGAUAGCAUUAAGAAAAAAGUGAAAAAAGGCUCUGGCUCGAAAACUUUACCAAAUUGUUCACCCUCAAGACAAAUUGAAAGCCCAACAAUGUCACGACGUUUGCCACCAGAUCCUGCCGAAGCUAUUGGCACUGCAAUUGUUAAAUACAAUUACCAAGCCCAGCAGCCAGAUGAAUUGUCAUUGAGCAAAGGGACACGCAUACUCAUACUUGAAAAGUCUAAUGAUGGCUGGUGGCGCGGUCAGAGUGGUAACGCCGUCGGCUGGUUUCCAAGUAAUUACACAACUGAGGAUUGUGAUAAUGAUGGUGAAAUACACACAUAUGCCAUGGCUGAGAAUGUACUCGACAUUGUGGUUGCGCUCUAUAGCUUCUCAUCAAAUAAUGACCAAGAACUCUCAUUCGAGAAGGGCGAUCGGCUCGAAAUAGUUGAUCGACCAGCUUCUGAUCCGGAUUGGUAUAAAGCAAGAAAUAAUCAAGGACAAGUCGGUUUAGUUCCACGCAACUAUCUACAAGAGUUAAAUGAUUAUCUGGCUACACCGUUCCGCAACAAUAGCGGAGGCAAUGGCAAUGGUGGUGGAGGCGGUAGCAGUGGUGGUGACUCAAUCGAUCGACGUAAUGAUGGCAUGUCUACGCAAUCGUCACCCCCUAUGGCACCUAUGGAACGGCCAAAUUUAGCUGGGAAAUCCUGGUACUAUGGCGCUAUUACGCGUAGCCAAUGUGACACCGUGUUGAAUCAGCAUGGACAUGAUGGGGAUUUUCUUAUACGAGAUAGUGAGACUAAUAUGGGCGAUUAUUCGGUUUCUCUCAAAGCGCCUGGCCGUAAUAAACACUUCCGCGUACACGUUGAAAAUAAUAUGUACUGUAUUGGCCAACGUAAAUUCCAUACACUAGAUCAAUUAGUAGAUCAUUACCAAAGAGCACCGAUCUAUACGAAUAAGCAAGGUGAAAAAUUGUAUUUGGUGCGAUCGUUACCAAAAGCCAAUGGCACGUAAGCAAUCCACAAUCGCGGCAGCAGCGUGGAAUAGUACUCGCUAUGCUUUCUCAUUUCAUACAGACACCUACAUUAUUCAUUGAUACUGAUUUCUAUACGGUUGCUGCUGUUGCUAAUCCUGCUGCUACUGCUGGCGGUAUGACAAACAAAUUUAGAUAUUAUAUAAUUUUACUUAUUUACAUAUAUGUAAUUCAUAUUACGAUAUUACUAAUAAUGAUUAAUGUGUAAAUGGAAGGCUAUUGUAAGCGAUGAAAUGAGAUAAGAAAACGUAAAACAAGCGUGGUAACAAUUAGAAACUCAACACAGAUUAAUAUCGUCAAAUUAUCACAAUUUAGUGCGAAAUACAUGCUAUUUUAAACGAUAAACAGCAAAGCGACUACCAAAAACGAUAAAUUAAAUUUAUAUGUAUGGCAAAAACUCAUAAAUCACUUAAUGGAUAAAUACAAAGAAUCAUAUAUAAUUAAAGCGCGUAAUAAAUAAAAUAUCACUUGCAUAGUACCGUACUAUAUAUUUAUUAUUUAUUUUUUUUAUCACGAUCAUAGUUAUUUUAUUAUACUAUUUGUUCUUCUUGCGUCCGUAAAAGGAAGUUUCGAAGAAGACAAGCACGGAAAAAAGCGGGUUAAUUCGAUUUAAGUUGCUAACAAUUUUCAAGUUGCCAGCAUUUUACGACAGUGUUUGUAAAAACGUUCAAUUUGCGCUCCGUAAUGUAAAGCAAGCACACUGAAAUUUCAUUGCUUAUUACAUACGUAUGUAUAGAUAUUUAUAUAAUAUAAAGAAAGGGCGAUUUUUUAAGCUUGACAUAUGUUUUCUUUACGUUACACAUAUUGGCAAAAUCUUUAAAGACGGGACGAAGAUGCUUGGCGUAUACUAAAUUAUUUUGAUUGCGGCGCUAAAUUUCGAGCGAGUUUAUGCACAAGUAGUGAAAUAGAAGUUAAAGAGUGGUUUUGCACCACAGCGAUAUUGUUAAACUUCCUCAAUUUCUGAAAAUUAUUUAUAUAAUACUUAUUCAUAUCCACUAUACACUGUUAUAUAAUUGAAGCUAAAAUACUCAAACACCGUAAUUAUUUAGAAAAUUACUUAAAAUUAAACUUUGAAGCUUUCUAAAAUCUGAGCUAAUUUCAAAAAGAGCAAUUUAGAAAAAAUAAUUUUAGAAUCGGUUUGCUUUAAUUUUUAUAACCGGAACGAAAGCCGCAAAAUUUGUAUUGUCACUGUUUGCCAGAAAAAUGUAAUUUAAUAGGUUACAUUUUUUUCUGUCCAUUCUUCUCUAGGAAAUAUUACUUAAAAGGCUCAUUAGACAUAUUAAUGAAUUCGACGUUUAAACCAAUGAAUGACGAUUAAUAAAAUCGGUACCAUGUGAAUUAAAAUUCAGUUUUAUUGCAACUCUUUUAUGACAGGCAUUCGUUUUUUGAGUGGCCCUUGACUUCAUAUUAUUAUUUUGAAUUUAUUUCUAUGACUCGUACUGAAUAUGCUAUGCAAACGUAAGCAAUUUGUUGUUAUUAUUUUAUUUUCUAAAAUUGAAAUACAAAUUUUUUUGGCGAGGAAACAUAGUCAGAUUAGUGUGGCGUUUCGUCUGCUAGACGCUGUCUAUAAAGCUUGUAGUAAAUUUCAAAUAGAUCAUCCAAUUUUUAAAAUAUAAUAAGUUUGUUUGUAAAUUAGUGAAAUGUGUUAAGGGCACAUAUUUUUCUCAAUUUUGAAGUUCUACCAAAAAAUAUCUUCGUCGAGUAAAAAUUUAAAAAAGAAGAAAAUAUCACUUCCACUAUCCAAACGUUAAUAAUUUUCGUAACAAUGCUGAACGCUUUACGUAGCUUUUAGUAGAAAACGUUGAAAUUUUAAUAAACAUUCGAAUUGUUUUUUGAUACGCCCUUCUGAUAGCUUUUUAUUAAAAGUGAAAAUGAAACGAAACAGGAUAUUGAACAAGCUUUUACCCCGAUUUUCACUUAAAAUGAAUGUAUCUACUUACAUAUAUCCAAAAUAAAAUGAAGUAGCCGUAAAAUAUUGUAUGAUAAAUGCUUUUAAGUAAAGGUCUGGAAUGGAACCCUAAACAAAGUCACAAAUAUUACGAGUAUUACCACAUACCAUAAUUAUAAAAGGCAAAACCAUGCAUCACUUGAAAAUACGUAUAAGAAUAUAUUUGCAAAGAACAAGUGUAAAAAAAAGUGCUUGAUAACCCGAAAUAAUUUCAGCUAAUACACGAAAAACUAGCAACCAGCUGGUGGGCGAAAAUAAACCAGCAACAAGUUUGCGAGUACGCCCAAUCCAAAUUAUAAAAUAAAAUUAGCUGUAUGUAUGUAAGUGUAAUAUCAUCACCUCUAACUGUGUGGUGAAAAACCACGCGGCGCCCUACAAACUACUUACAACACACAAAUCAUUGUUCUAUUAUGGAUUUCCGAGGCGGAUACAUUGGCGAUAUCAACUGUUUGUCCUGCCAUAUACAAAUCCUGAAUACUCAAACACUGCUCUUUUCUUCUUCAUAUAGACAUGGAAAUGCGUAAGUGUACUGGUGUGUUAUAAAAAUUAAAUUAAAAAUUAAAAAUAAAAACAAGUAUAUAUACAUAAAUAUACUAAUAUAUACUAUACUAUGCGUAAAUUCAUGAAUGAAUCUUCAUUACUACUUACAAAUUUAUUCCAAAACAUGGAUUAGUGAUGAUUACAAAUAUUUAUACUAUAAAUAUAAAAGGCUAAUUAAAGUAUUUUAAAUAAACCAGAAAAAAGAAUGGUAAAAAAUAAUGAAUAUGUAUUUGUGCUAUACCAGUAUGUGUAAAUGGUAUUCGUGGUCUCAUGCAACCAUCUGCUCGGCUCUGUAGUCUACUAUUUAGCACUAAGCAAUGGAGCGCCCAAAUCGGUUCAACCAUUUAACGGUAAACACUCUUGAACCAGCCCAGCUGCUUCCUUUUAUUAUUAAAUGUAAUAAAUUAUAUUAUAAAUACAUAUAAAAAUACAAUAUAAGUAAUAUGAAGCAAAUAAUAUUCUAAAAGCCCCACAUGCAAAUAAAAAUACUUAGUUUAAUUCUUAAUAAUUUGAAUUUAUAAUAUUAUACAAAUUGAUCAUAAGCCACAGAAAUGAAUGCUGACGAAGAGUCGAGAAGAGUCGGCGGUAGAUACGCCAAGGAAGGAGUAUAAGUUUCAGUAAUAAUAUGAAUAUUUAGAAGAACGAAUUUUAUUUUAGCAUAUUAUUUAAUAUUACUUUGAGUUGUGUUGUUUUAUAACUGUGUUCCCAACAGCGUACAUACAUAGUCAUUAUUUGUUAUAAAAUACACAUAAACAUAAAAUAUUUUAAUUAAUUUGUAUUAAAAUUAAGUUUUUCUAAUUAAAAUUACAAAAUGUACAGUGUUUUUUAUUUGGUUCAUUUCAUUUCUUCCUGCUCUCAUGUGAAUAAUUAGUUUUAUAUGUAAACCAAUGUCACUAUUGCUGCAUUGGCGCAAACAGCCAAGCCAGCAUUUGCUACCGUUUCUUGAGUGUAUCUACUUUAUAAAUAUCAGCCAAGUGGGGAACGUCUUUUCCACAUGCACUUAAGAGCCUAUUGAAGCCCACAUGAACGUUCACAUGCACAUAGGUAUGUCCACAUAUAUACAUAUGCACUUUGCAUAGGAGCCUGAACAGCGCAGGCUUUGAGUCACACACAAUAUAGCAUAGCCACCACAUAUAAGUAGCAGUAAACAAUGUUGCGAUUGGCAUUGAAUCAACACAAAAAUUUCUCCACUCGCUUUUUGCUGUACAUGAAUAACUUGCAUAUCCAUGCUUAGCUUUUGCUUUCUCAUACAAACAUUUUUUAACCUUUUUAUGUAAGUAUUGUAAAAAAGUUUAUUAUUUGUACUAAAGAAAUGAGUAAACGAAUGUGAAAUAAAAAUUAUAUAAAUGAAGAAAAAAGAAAAUAAAAAAAUAUCAAAUUAAAUGACACAGUAAUUUGGAUUAGAACCAUGUGUAGCUGUAUCUUUUUUCUACUUAUUUAAAUGCGAAAUUUUUUUACUAAGUAUAAAAAUAAAAAAACGUGAAACUAAUAAAUCAUGUUUAGAUAAAAUGAGUGCAAGAAGCAUAAAAGAGUAAACGGUGAGAAGCGUGAAAAUGCUACUAAGAUAUUAAAAGUGAAAAUAAAUGAAUGAACAAACUGGAACUUAAACUGAAACGGAAAUAUGAAUAAUAAAAACGCAAAUACAUAUGCAAAUCAUUUCAAUA